AUGAAUUAUUGUAAAAGAAAAGAAUAUCUAUAUAUAUUAAAAAAAAAAUUACAAAACGAGACAAAUAAUAAAUGGAGUAAUUUUUAUACAUUUCUUCAAGGAAACAAUGAAUCAUUAGUAAAGAAAAAUGAAAUAUUACAAAACAGUUGCCAAAAGAAAUAUAUAGACGAUGAAAUUGGUAUUACUUCGGCUAAGAAACAAGGGGAAAAGGAACAAAAUAAAUUAGAACUAUAUUUACAUGCAACGGAAAAAAAUGGAACCAAGAAAAAAAAAAUCAUUUUGAAUAGUGUAAAAGGUAUAAAAAUGAAUGAUAAAGCUUUUAUGGGAAAAAGAACUAUUAGGAUAUUGGAAGGAGUGAAUGAUGGCAAGGAAGAUUUUAGUAAUAAAAUUUAUAAUAAGGAUAAAUAUGACGAAGGUAAAACAAAUAGGAAAGAUUUUAAUAUUAAUGCAAAUGACUUGAAAGGGGUUAAUAAUGAGAUAUCUAGUAGUGGUCAGUCUUCUAAUUUUACUUAUAAUGUUCCUGAAAUUAUUGAUAGAUUUGAGGGUUUUUCCAGUGAUACUAUUGGUAAAGAUUCUGUUAUAAAAGGUACUAAUUAUGAUAAAAUUCCUACAAAUAAUAUUGUAAAUUAUGUUUUUAUCGAUAAAUCUCCACGUAUUAAUUGCAAAGAAAAGAGAUUAACUAGAAACUGGAACUGUAAUUUAAAUAACGUGAAUGUGAAACAAAUAUGCAUUCCAGAUCGAAGAUUGCAGCUGUGUAUUAAUGGUCUUAUAUAUGUAAGUAAUUAUUAUAGGGAUGAUUUGAAAACAAAACUUAUGGAUUCAAUAAAUAUGGAAAUUGAAUUAUUGUUAAAUAAAUGGGAUAUUAAAAAUAAAUUUAAUAAUACUGAAUUUUGUAACGAUUUUAUAUGCAGUUUUGCUGAUUAUGGAGAUAUCAUUAAGGGAACAGACAUGGCGAGAAUUUAUUACUCAAUAGAAGUUGAAAAGAGAUUGGGCCACGUUUUUGGAGUUCCUAACGGAAAAAGGGAAAGGACUUUGUGGUGGAAUAGGAAUAGAAAAGAUAUUUGGAAUGAGUUAAUGUCAAAGUUUAAAGAUGAUAAAAUUAUUAAUGCCCUUAGAAAAUGCGAAAAAUCCUCAAAUUUUGAAGAAGCUCCUCAGUUUGAACGAUGGGUUCAAGAAUGGGCUCGAGAAUCUUAUGGAUCAAGGUCUAAAGAAUUAAAAAAUUUGGAAAAUAAAUGCAAAGAAGAAAAAGGUCUUAUUGAUGAAUUCGGUUGUAGUAGUGGACAAGAAUGUAAAAAUGCAUGUGGAGAAUAUGAAAAAUGGAUAUAUAAAAAAAGAAAGGAGUGUUACGUCCUAUCAAAAAAGUUCGACAUUGAAAAGAAUAAUGAAAUAUAUAUUCAAAGAGCAAGUAGAGAUAAUGUUUCUAAUCUUUUAAAGAAAGUGUGUGAGGAAGUUAAUAAGACAGAAAAUGAUCUUGGAAAUAAUAAAUAUAAUAAUUUAUGUAACUGUCAAAAAGAUAGAGGUUUUGUAUGUGAAAGUGGAUCUAAAAGUGAAUCAGAAUGUUCAAGAAUGUGCACAGUAUAUAUAUUAUGGAUUAAACAAAAAUUAAUAAAAUAUGAUGUACUAUCAAAAAAACGGAACAUAACUAAGUACAUUGGAAAAGAUGCCCUUAAGGGAACCAUCGAGAAUGAUGUUAAUUUUUUAUCCGAAGUGUGCACGGAGUUUAAUUGGAUAGAUUUUGAAAAAAUAUUUGAUCUAAACUAUAAUACAUAUAAAAGUAUAUGUAGUUGUAGAGCAACUAACAAUACAAAAUUUGUCCAGUUAAAAAUGGAAGAAUCGAAACAGGAACAAAGUACUGAAGAUAAGAAAAUUGAUGAUGUUUUCAAAACUGGAGAUAAUAGAGAACUUGUUUUUAGUCAAAAAGGAAGUAGUUCUACUAUUAAUCUAAGUUAUUCAGUUGACGAUGGUAGUACUGGUGCUGAGAGUACAGGUAAUACUACUAAUAUUGGUGAUAUUGAAAAUACCGGAAUAUCCCGUUCUUCGAGUGGUGAUACAUAUGUUGAGGGAAAUUUUGCUGUUAAUCGAAGUAAAAAUUAUGAUUUAGAAAAUGAUGGAAGAAUUAACCACCAGUAUUUUGAUGCCAGUAAAAAUGUAGAAGAUGGUACAGUUGUAAACACAGGUAUUAUUACUAACGUUCAUGAUGCCAAUAAAAAUGAAAAUAGCAUAAAAAGGAAUAAAACUAUUGAUGAUAUUAAUUGGAGAUAUGGUUUUAACUCGAAUAAGGGAGCACUGUUACAUACCGAAACCAAGUAUUUGAAGGAGACAUGUUCAGCGGAAAGAAAAUCAAAAUACGAUGCUCCUGGAUCAACAAAUAUAUAUAAAGAGGAAGAAAAAGAUGUUCAAAGGCACAACUUUAAUAGAACUAAUACAUCUAGUGUAAAAGAAAUUAUGGAAGAAAAAUAG